AUGUACGGCGCAGGCGCCAGAUAUGCUGAGGAGGCUGUCAGCGACUCUGAAUUCAGCCUCUCGCCCAGUCCCAACCCCGGAAACGCGUGUUUCUGCGGGCAACCCAUAACAAACGAUGGCGUUUAUUGCAGUGUCGUCUGUGCACGAUCUGACGCGAUCAAUUCAUUAUGUUACAAACCCAACCAACCCCCUGCGCGCGCACUAUACAUCCCUGACGCCGGCAACCAGCCGCCCUCUUUCGGGUCUGCCCUUUCAAGCUUGCCGAGAGAUUCUUCGGCGGGUUCCCUCGACUCGUGUACGGGCCAGGACGAAGAGUGGCAGGCGUCGCACUACCGCCGACUAGCUCGCUCCGACGCACGCCGCCAAGAGAGGCGAGAGGAGAGACGGCGGCGGAGAGCUGAAGGCAGCAUGGGCGACUCUAUCGGCAACAGCAACCGUAGCACGAACAUGUCCACAUCAUCAUCCAUGUCGCGUGUUCCCGACCUCGUGGGCGGGCACGGCGGCGGUCACUCGCGUAACGGAUCAUCAGCUUCGUCCGUCUCUUCCCUCGCCUCAUCCGCGUUUAGCCUGUCACGUAAUUCGUCGACUGCGAGUAACGCUUCUAGGAGGGCGUUUGGGGGUGGAGUGAAUGUGGAUAGUGUGAUUGAGGAGGCAGAGGAUGAACAAGAGUGGUUGAGGUCGGAAGCGCCCAAGCCUUAUGCGCCUUCAUCUAUGCGCAAACAUGGUCACCAGAAAAGUGGGGAAGGACGCUCGAUGAGCUCUAGGAGAAGAAAGCAGACGCCGGACGCUCUGCCUUUCGGUAUGGGUCAAGAUAUGCGAGACGUUCUCGAUGAGAUUCUGCAUCUCGAGCAAUCGUAUCUGACGCCAGAACAAGAGGUAGAUAUCUCUACCGCCGACGACCUCCCCCCACCUAGACUGUUCACAUCGAGCUUUGGUCCUCCCCGAACGCCGUCGCCGGCGAGCUGCAAGAAGCGCGUCCUUCCCUCUCGAGCGCCAGAUGCGCCCUUCCGUGGCCAUCGUGCGUCUCUAUCGCAAAGCGCCCUUGCUCCUCAUUCUCCCGCCAUACCCGCCCGUCCAGCCAGCCUGGUGGGCAUGCACCAGUCAUCCCUCUCUGAAUCCCACACCGCGCUUUACCUCGCUACCGCCUCUCCCUCGACGUCUACUCGCCGAAGCACCUCACCCACACUCGAGACCCGCCGAAGCUUGACGUUUGACGCCGACAGUGCUGGGCCGAGUAUCAACCUCGACUUUGCGUCCCCGCCGCCGUUAGCCAGGCCUGGGAGCUUGACGCUGCCUCCGAGAGGGUUUGAAUCCUCGCCGCUGCUUACGCCUGUCAACAGGCGCUUUACCCAUACCCGUACGCCUCAGGCUAUCCACCCCUCGAUGGAUGGCUGGCGAUUCCCUUCACCCUUCCAUGCGCACGCUACCCCUACGAAACCCACGUAUUUGCGCGAACCGGAAACGCCUGAGCCCAUCGGCCGGAAUGACGGCGGGGCUGGGAAAGGAAUACAGCCAGCGUUGCUUUGGCCUCCUGCGGGACAGAACCUCGAACCGGCAUUGUUUGCUGAGGAUGCGGAUGUCAACAUGGGCAGUCCCGGUGGUGAGAGGGUGAGGUCGAGGGAGUGGUGA